GUCGUCGCCUCCGCGCCACACCACAGCAGUGACAACAUGCUCAGGCUCGUGGUAGUGUGCGCCCUCCUGGCAGUGAGCGCCGCCCAGUAUGGAAACAACCCCAACAACGCCCAGAACGCGGCCAUCCUGAGCGAGCAGCGCUACCUGUCCGGGGACGGCACGUUCGGCGCCGCCUACAAGCAGGAGGACGGCGUCGAGUUCAAGGAGGAGGCCGACCAGGACGGCAACCGCCGGGGUUCCUACAGUUACGUGGACCCCACGGGCCAGAGACGCACCGUGCACUACACCGCGGGCAAGGACGGCUUCCGCGCCUCCGGGGACCACCUGCCGGUGGCGCCUCCCGCCCCGGCGCCGCAGCCGCAGUACCAGCCGCAGCCCCAGUACAACCCUCCCCAGCAGCAGUACAACCCUCCCCAGCAACAGUACAACCCUCCCCCUCAGCAGUACAACCCUCCCCAACAGCAGUACAACCCUCCCCAACAGCAGUACAACCCUCCCCCUCAGCAGUACUACAACCCCACCACCGAGGCGCCGCACCGCUUCUACCCUCCCGGCAAGCUGAACCUCAACAGGACGCCCGACGGCUUCAGCUACUCCUUCAACAAGAGCUAGUGCGGCUCCUGCAGGCCUAACCUCGACUGACUGUAUACUAUGUAUAUGUGCUGUGCUGUGCUGUGUGGCUGAGUGUAAUAAAAUAUCUGUGUGCUUGUGUCGAUAA